UCCACAAUUAGAAAAUAAUUAAUGACCCCAAAAGUUUAUAAACCAAGUCUCCAAAAAAAAAAAAAUGAGAUACUUAAGAUGCGUAUCUGGGAUUCAGAUAAUAUAUACGAUGUUUUAUGUAUCGACAUUGCCAUUGAUGGCAUUGGAAGAUAAUAAUUCAUUAGUCACAUCGCUGGGGGGAAAUAAUGGUUCAUUAAUAGCAUCUUCGAUGGAAAAUAACAAUUCAUCAAUGCUAAUGUUAGGGGCAAAUAAUGGUUCAUCGAUAGGAAAUAUUAACAAUUCAUCAAUGCCAGUGUUAGGGGCAAAUAAUGGUUCAUCAAUAGAAAACAUUACUAAUUCAUCAAUACCAAUGCCGGUGGGAAAUAAUGGUUCAUCAUCGAUAGAAAAUGUUAACAAUUCAUCAACGACGACGUCGGGGGAAAAUAACAGUUCAACAUCAGCAUCGUUAGGUCAGAACUAUAAUACUGUGAUGUGUGUUAGAGAUUGCAUGCGCAUAUGCAUGACUUUGGACAACGCAACCUCGAAGGAGUGUGAGGGUGCUUGUUACAAGGGAUGUAAGCCAUUGCUUGCUAGGAAAGAAGUAGGAACCAUUAAUAAUUUUAAUUUUUCACAAUAAUAAACGAAACUGGUAAAAUUGUUGUCAUGCAAUCAGGAAGUCGCUGGUUCAAGAGUUUGAAAACAGCCUCUGACAGAAAUGCAAGGUGAGGCUACACUCAACGGGAGUUUUACUGCACCGGACUGUCUUUUUUUAGAUUAACAAACGUAACGAUUUUGAGUAAAUGAUAAUGAUUUGACUCCUUAUUUUUGAGGUUGUAUA